AUGCAUGUUUCGAGCUCGUCUGAUUCCAAGGGAGGAUCUAGCAACAGUGAGUCGGGGAGCUCAUCGGGGAGUGAGGAGUUAUACGAGGAGGAGGAUGAGGAUGAGGAGGAGGAGGACGAGGAGGAUGAGGAGUUGGAGCCGGAGAGCGAGGAUGGGGAGGUGGCUCGGACUUUGAAGAGGAGGAGUGUGCGGAAGCUCAAGAAGGGCAACGGAAAGCGGAAAUCGGAGAGGGGACGGGUGAAGAGCUGUAAACCGAGUGUGCGUCGUGCCAAACCACAUGGCAAGCGCCAUAGACCUCGUUUCGAAGCUAGAAUUGUGGGUGUGCGUAGCAAGGUGAAGCGGGAGCUGGAUUUCUACGAGUCCAUGGGGCUACAAUGUCCAUCAAGCUCUCAUGAUCGAAAAGCCGCAGACCCGUACGAUGCGUUACGCGAGCCGAUGGAUUCGGCUGGGAAGGGAGAUCCGAUGGCUUGGGGGUCAGUGCGGUUUGGCAGGGAAGCGACAGACCCGCCUGCAAAGCAUACGAGGGAUCACGCGGAUCAUGUGAAAAUCGAGGGGGCAACGAAGCGGUACGAACCCUCGGCCGCUGCAGCAGCCAAUGACGGUGUGGGAGGAGGUGUGUGGGCGAAUGCCUUGGGUGAAUGUGGCGGCGGUGUGGAAGGCUCCAUGUGGGAUGUACGGGAGAGCAGGGGAGAAGGAGGAGACGCGAAAAUGGAUCCGGCGACUAAGGAGGGGAGGGGAGAGAGCAUGGGUACAUCUGGCGUAUCCAGUCGGCCCGAUUUGGCUGGCGGCAAGACUGUGGAGCAGCUCAUGCAAGAGCUUGCCCAGCGGGAUCGCGAAAUUGCUGCACUCAAGGCACGGGCAGGUUCCAAAGGACCUGUCAAACCCUGCACCCCUCCGUCUAGGCCUCCUCCUCUAGCGUCCCUAGCCCCUCCAAACGGUGCUGCUGGUCUCAUGCGUGUGGCAUGCGGCGCAGAGAUAGCAGCAGCCCUCGCUGUCAACCCCACGUGCCACAUCCCUUCUUUCCGCCGCUCCUCCCUCCCCUGUCUAUCCCAUCCCUCUCCCUCCUCUUCCAGAACCCUUCCAAACGGUGCUGCUAGUCUCAUGCGUGUGGCAUGCGGCACAGAAAUAGCAGCAGCCCUCGCUGUCAACCCCACGCGCCGCAUCCCUUCUUUCCGCCGCUCCUCCCUCCCCUCUCUAUCCCAUCCCUCUCCUUCCUCUUCCAGAGCCCCUCCAAACGGUGCUGCUGGUCUCAUGCGUGUGGCAUGCGGCGCAGAAAUAGCAGCAGCCCUCGCUGUCAACCCCAUGCGCCCAACCCCUUCUUUCCGCCGCUCCUCCCGCCCCUCUCUAUCCCAUCCCUCUCCCUCCUCUUCCAGAACCCUUCCAAACGGUGCUGCUAGUCUCAUGCGUGUGGCAUGCGGCGCAGAAAUAGCAGCAGCCCUCGCUGUCAACCCCACGCGCCGCAUCCCUUCUUUCCGCCGCUCCUCCCUCCCCUGUCUAUCCCAUCCCUCUCCCUCCUCUUCCAGAGCCCCUCCAAACUGUGCUGCUGGUCUCAUGCGUGUGGCAUGCGGCGCAGAAAUAGCAGCAGCCCUCGCUGUCAACCCCACGCGCCGCAUCCCUUCUUUCCGCCGCUCCUCCCUCCCUUCUCUAUCCCAUCCCUCUGCCUCCUCUUCCAGAGCCCCUCCAAACUGUGCUGCUGGUCUCAUGCGUGUGGCAUGCGGCGCAGAGAUAGCAGCAGCCCUCGCUGUCAACCCCACGCGCCGCAUCCUUUCUUUCCGCCGCUCCUCCCUCCCCUCUCUAUCCCAUCCCUCUCCCUCCUCUGCCAGAGCCCCUCCAAACUGUGCUGCUGGUCUCAUGCGUGUGGCAUGCGGCGCAGAGAUAGCAGCAGCCCUCGCUGUCAACCCCACGCGCCGCAUCCCUUCUUUCCGCCGCUCCUCCCUCCCCUCUCUAUCCCAUCCCUCUCCCUCCGGCAUGGUUUGCGCCACUCGUCUCCUCUCAGCCUCCUCCAACUCCCUCGGCCUGCACUGUAGUCACAUCCCCCUUCACUGCAAUCACCUCUCCCUUCACUGCAUUCACCUCCCCUUGCACUGCUUUCACCUCCCUCCUCACUGCAUUCACCUUCCCUUGCACUAUAGUCACCUCCCCCCUCAUUGCAGCCACCUCUCCCUUCACUUCAGUCACCUCCCCCUUCACUGCUUUCACCUCCCCCUUCACUCCGUUCACCUCUUCCUUCACUGUAGUCACCUGCCCCUUCACUGCUGCCAGCUCUCUCUCCCUCUCCUCCACCUGCCCUCUCAUCUCCGCCACUCGUCUCCUCUCAGCCUCCUCUAG